AUCCCCAGCAGCUCUGUGAGUGAGCUCAGCUUGACAUUUGAAGAGACUCCAUCCUUCAAUUCAAGUGGAAUCCUUUUAAAAAUUUCUAAACGGUUACUAGCCCUCUCACCAGAUGGCCUGCCUCAUUGGGCAAAAUGUACGAACCUUUAUCCUGCGAUGGCAGACCACAUGAAGACAACAUUUGAUAAGAACAUACAGAAAUUCAAACGAAUCAGGAGAAAUCACAACUUGGACCCUCAUAAUAUAUUUCUAAAUGAACAUCUCAGCUACGUGUUUGAUCUACCGAGGGUUAGUGUCCCCAACAAUGACAAAAGCGAACUCUAAAAAUAUUUGCCCAUGCAAACAUGGAAAUACCUGGGCAAUGGUACAGAACCUUUUAACAAAGUAAAGGUUGUCCAAAAACAGGACUGAAGAAAAGUGCAUAUUUAACCUUGAAAUUUUAAAGAGUCCAAAAAAUGACAGCACCCUACAAAACAUGCUCAAAGUGGGCACCUCUCCUCUCAAUAUUCAAUUGUUAAUCAACUUUUU